AUGAAAUUAUUGUCAAUUUUAUCACUCACUUCAGUUGCAAUUGCAUCAGCUAUAGAUCCAAUCCUUCCUAAUGUAUUUGGUAUUGAUAAAAGAGAUUUACAUUCUUGUUCAGAAUCGGACCCAGUUUGUAUAUAUGCUAAUCAACUUAUGUGGGGUUGUAAAGGAGAUAUAAGUGAUAAACAAGUUCAAUUUGAUUGUGUUUGUCACAAUGCCCCAGGUAAUGAGCGUCUUAAUGCAUGGCAAAAUUGUCUUUACAGUUGUCUUGAUCCUAAAUAUGGUGCUGGUGCAAUGUCCAAAGUUCAAUUUUAUAAUACUUAUUGUUCACUUUUUCCAGGUUACACUAAAAUUGAUGAACCUCCUGCUUCAUCAAAUGCCGCUCCAGCUCUACCAGCUUCAUCAGAUGUUGUUCCAGCUCCACCAGCUUCUUCGAAUGUUGCUCCAGCUCCACCAGCUUCUUCAAAUGCCGCUCCAGCUCCACCAGCAUCAUCAGAUGUUGCUCCAGCUCCACCAGCAUCAUCAAAUGCCGCUCCAGCUCCACCAGCUUCAUCAAACGUAGCUCCAGCUCCACCAGCUUCUUCAAAUUAUUUUCCAGCUCCACCAGCAUCAUCAGAUGUUGCUCCAGCUCCACCAGCUUCAUCAAAUGCCGCUCCAGCUCCACCAGCAUCAUCAGAUGUUGCACCAGCUCCACCAGCUUCAUCAAAUGCCGCUCCAGCUCCACCAGCAUCAUCAGAUGUUGCUCCAGCUCCACCAGCUUCAUCGAAUGCCGCUCCAGCUCCACCAGCUUCAUCAAACGUAGCUCCAGCUCCCCCAGCUUCUUCAAAUUAUUUUCCAGCUCCACCAGCCUCAUCAGAUGUUGCACCAGCUCCACCAGCUUCAUCGAAUACCGCUCCAGCUCCACCAGCUUCAUCAAACGUAGCUCCAGCUCCACCAGCGUCAUCAAAUGCCGCUCCAGCUCCACCAGUUUCAUCUGUUGCAAUUUCAAUCGCACCAGGUGCACCAUCAAGUGCUUUAGUCAUUUCAGUUCCGGGUUUUUCAAGUGAAGUUAUUCAACCACCACCUAUUUCAUCAGGUGUAUCAAGUGUUAUUGUUCAAUCACCUAAAUCAUCUGAUGUUGUAGCUCCAAUUUCUUCAGCUAAACCAGCUUCAAUUUCUUCAAGUGAAUUGGGACCAAUUUCAUCAAGUAUACCAGUUUUACCAGCUAGUUCAUCAGGAUUUGCAUGGUCAAACUCAACGGGUCCAAGCACAGGAUCAGGUAAUGGAUCAGGUAAUGGAUCAGGUAAUGGAUCAGGAAAUGGAUCAGGAAGUGGUUCAGGUAAUGGUUCAGGAAGUGGUUCAGGAAGUGGUUCAGGUAAUGGAUCAGGUAAUGGAUCAGGUAAUGGUUCAGGAAGUGGUUCGGGAAGUGGUUCAGGAAGUGGAUCAGGAAGAGGAUCAAGUAAUGGAUCAGAUAACGGAUCAGGUAAUGAAUCAGGAAGUGGAUCAGGUAAUGGUUCAGGAAAUGGUUCAGGUUCAGGAAGUGGUUCAGGAAGUGGUUCAGGAAGUGGUUCAGGAAGUGGUUCAGGAAGUGGUUCAGGAAGUGGUUCAGGAAAUGGUUCAGGUAGUGGUUCAGGAAGUGGUUCAGGUAGUGGUUCAGGAAGUGGUUCAGGUAAUGGAUCAGGUAGCGGUUCCGGUUCAAGUCCAAAAGAAAUAACUCUCACAAUCACAUCAUGUAGUGAAGGUCACUGUUCAGCUGCUGCAACUCUUACAACAGGAUUAACAACAAUCACCGAAGCUGAAACUACUUAUACAACUUACUGCCCAUUAUCAACUGAAAUAGAAACCAUUGAAGCUGCAUCAAAAACAGUCGUUACAAUUACGUCAUGUUCUGAAAGUCAUUGUACUCCAUUUUCAACUAUUACUACUGGUGUAACAACAAUUACAAAUGAUUAUACAACAUAUACAACUUAUUGUCCAUUAUCAAGUGAAUAUGAAAUAACUUAUAUUACUAGUGUUUCAGAAGGUUCAACAUACAUUCAUACUUCAGGUUAUAAAUAUAUUUCAGAAGCAGAAACAAUCUACACUACUUAUUGCCCAUUGAGUGUUCCAACAACUAUUAUUGAAUCAACAGAAGGAGGUAUCGUUCAUAAAUAUACAACUGGUUAUAAUAUUGUUACUGAAGGAGCAAAAACAUAUACUACAUAUCUUCCAACUGAAAUUCCAACUACAAUUAUUAAAUCAACAGCUGCGGGUGGUGAAGUUCAUACUAUUACAACUGGUUGGUCAGUUGUUACUAAAUCUGCUACUGGAUAUACUUCAUAUGUUUCUUGGACCCCAGCACCAACAGUUGCUGCUCAAUCAAAUUCAGGAUCAACUAUAGUUGGGUCACACGAAUCAGGAGUUAUUUCAGUUCAUGAAGGUUCAGGUUCGGGAUUAAGAUUCUCAUUAUUAGCUGGUUUAAUUUCAUUUAUUGGUGCUUUAAUUUAG